AUGGGUAUCAAUAAUCCAAUACCAAGAAGUUUAAAAAGUGAAUCAAAAAAGGCUGCUAAAAUUUUAUCAUCCUUUGUCAAACCCAAUCAAAUAGCAGGAGCAGAUCAAGUCAUUCCCCCUCAUAUCUUAAAGAAUGCCAAAGGAUUAGCAAUCAUCACCGUAUUAAAAGCUGGAUUUUUAUUUUCAGGUAGAGCAGGAUCCGGGGUAAUUGUUGCUCGAUUACCCGAUGGAACUUGGUCUCCACCUUCAGCUAUAGUUACUGCAGGUGCAGGUGUAGGAGGACAAGUUGGAGCCGAAUUGACUGAUUUUGUAUUUGUCUUGAAUACAAAAGCUGCCGUUGAUACUUUUGCCCAAGCUGGUUCAGUGACGUUGGGUACUAAUGUAUCUGUGGCUGUGGGUCCUAUGGGAAGAAAUGCAGAAGCUGCAGGUACUGCAUCUUUGAAAUCAGUUUCUGCGGUGUUUGCUUAUUCGAAAACAAAGGGUUUAUUUGCUGGGGUUUCUUUAGAAGGAUCAGCUAUUGUAGAAAGACGUGAAGCUAAUCGGAAAUUUUAUGGAAGUAAUUGUAAAGCCAGAAAUAUCUUGGCUGGUCAAGUAGAUGCUCCACCUGCUUGUGAAGCACUUAUGAGAGUUUUAGAUUCAAGAGUAUUUAAUAAUAGACUUCCUUAUGAAGAUGAUGAGUAUAAUUCUGAUUAUUAUGAUGAUAUUCCCGAUGAGUUUUCAGAAUCAGCAUCUUCAAGAAAUCGUUCUGGUAGCACCAGUAGAAGAAAUAGAAGAAGUGCAGCAAAUUAUUCCGAUGAAGAAGAUUAUUCCGAUGAUUAUGAUGAUUAUUCCGCAUCACGAAAUAGAGGAUCGUCAACUAGAGGAACAUCACAUGGAUCUAGUAGUGCAAAUACUUCCUCAAAGAAAACAGCCAACUGGGAGGAUGAAUUAUAUGAUACAAGGUAUAACCGAAGAGAUAAUGACGUAGAUAGAUUGGGAACUAGAUUAGGUAACUCGAGGAUUUCAGGAAAUGACAGCGGUCCAAUUAGACCUCCAACAUCUUCAAAACCAAAUUUUGGAGGUCCACCAAAAACAAAUGCAAAUCAAGCAAUUGCAUUAUAUACUUUUAAAGGAGAGCAACAAGGUGAUUUACCUUUUAAGAAGGGAGAUGUGAUUGAUAUUCUUAAGAAGACAGAAACUGUUGAUGAUUGGUGGACGGGUAGAAACAAUGGAGUUACCGGUAUUUUCCCAGCUAAUUAUGUGGAAUUGAUUUAA